GAAGAAAAGAGGCAAGAAGACAAGAACAAAAAAACAAAAACCUCCAAGAUGAUUAACCCGGCCAAGACGUUAUGGUGGGAGACUUUUGAGCUGUGGGACGCCGUGCUGUACCAUGUGGGCGACAUCUACUACAAGGCCUCGAGGCCUGCGGUCAUGAAGAAAAGGAACAGGAAGAAGCGCACAAGCCCAUCCAGGCCUCGGCGGUCCAAGCUGCAACGCGGAAGAGCAGGCGAGAUGCAAUACAGAGGCGCUUGAAGAAUUUCUCGAUGGAGAGUCUCUUUGACACUCAAAACACUCGACAUUCGAGGUCCCAGCAAAGGGCGGACACGAGAGAGAGGCGAGGAUGCAGACGGCAAACAAAGAACCCAGUACUACGGUACUGUACACCUCCCGCCGCCAAAAUUAAACAAAACAAACAAAAAAUACGACAUGCUCCACCAGGCCAGGCCAGGGCGACAACAUCGUACGCACUAUGCACUACAUAGUUUGCAGACCCCAAGAGCCGUCAGAGCCGGGAAGUAUCGUUGGAUGGAGGAGGCUCGAUGAUCAUUGGUCCUGGUCCUCCCUCCGGUGCCGACAACCCCGGGCGACUUUUUGGGGGCAGUGCAGUGCAACGCGGUUCCUUUGCAGGCCGCUCAAGGAAUGCCGGCGACCCGAUACGAAGACCUAAUCCACACAUCUAAAAAAGAUGGUCGGCCGCCAUCCAGCGGUCCAUCUAGCCAAUUCAGCGAGCGAUCAGGAUGAAACACGAUAAUGCUAAAGAGGUGGAACAUGGAUUGCGGAACUGCUGCUGAUCGGCAGUAGGAUGUGCCACUCGCUGUCAUCAGGAUCUUCGUGGAUGUACGCAUCAGGAAAAGAGGCGACGAUGAUGAUGUUGGUUUUUGGUCUUUUUCUUUCAUUGUGUGGUCUAUCUGUUAUUUGGAGUGGUCGAUCUUGAUUGUGAUGUGUGAUCUGUGCUGAGAUUUAUAUUUUGGCAAAUAAGAAGGGAUGAGGGGAUGGAGGGAGGAUGGGUGGACUUUUCGGAGAUCUACGAUGAUGACAAUGCAUGGAUUGGUGGUCCCAACCAAGCCGAGGUGUUUGGUCAAUUUAAAAUAGAACAGUAUAAUUCUAUGGUACUAUGGUCCC